AUGAAUUUGGCUCAAUUCUUCUGGUGUGCUGGUCGAGAUAUAAAUGCAUGUCCUAGUCGGCAGUUGAGGACUCGAUAUAAUGAAAUGACGACUGCUAAUUGUAAGAAUUGUGACAAAUUUUUUCAUUGUCAAGGAAACUAUGACGCUGUUUAUCUUUGUGGAAAAACACCUAACAAUAUACGCAUUGCGAAAAAAAUUAGUGAUUGCCGUGAAGAAGCUCAAGAUGCGGGUUCAGCAGAUAGUCAAGCAGAUCAAAGAGCAAAUAAAUUUGGACGAGAUGGAGGUAAUUGCAAAGCUGAAUAUCUAUGCAAAGCUAACUGCAAAUACAAUCCUCAAACUAGAACUUGCCGAAGAGAAAAUUGUCCUUAAUAAAUGAAUUGUCUUUUGAUAUUAUUAUACUAAUGUAUGAAAAUACAGUGAACGAUCAUUCGAAAUCCCUUCGAAUGGUAGUCUCAAUUUUGUGUCGGAGAAGAAUGAAUAAAAGCUUGAUGAAAGCAAGGUGGAAGUAAAUAAAUAUAUCGUUUGGAAUAAAUGAUACUUACGCUAUGAAAAGUCUCACGUGAUGUCUUUGUAUGCCAAUAAAUAACUUAGAUAACAGAAUACGGUUGUGAAUGUGUGUUGAUAAAUAGAGGACUCACAUUUGUCUUUAAAACUUAUGCUUUAAUCGAAUCGCCAAUCGAAGUAUCUAUUCUUUAUACUCCAAGAUAUGAGAUGCAUCAGGUAUGAACGAAUAGAAAUUCCGUAAUUUAGAUUACGCAAAAACUGAUAAUCAUGUCAUUAGCGGUUUUAUACAACUUUCAUCGUUUAUUAGUGAUGCUAAUACUAUAUCAUAAAUUAUAUCAUUAUCACGUUUGAUAUCGGAUAAAGGUUUUGGAAACUAGCAUAUCACUAUUUUUGCCUAGAGAAUAUUUAUCAAUAUCACCAUCGAAACCCGUGCAUCAUCUACUAUGAAUAAUUACGUUUAUCUAAAAAAAGAAAAGACUAACAUAUCUAAUUAAAUAGAAUAGAAAAGUUUAUCAUGAAUCAAAAAUGAAAAAAAGUGAUGAAGAAUGAGGGUGUGGGUGUGAGUGGUUGUCGGUUUCAAAGAAGAACCACACCCACAUCCACACCCUUGAUUAUUGUUGCUCUUCUGAUAAUCUGAAAAGAAAUGUUGUCGAUAAUUGAAGCAAUAUGAUUAACAAAAUGAUAAUUAUUAUUAAUCUAAAUAGAAGACACGCAAUUAAGAGAUCCAUUCGAGCUGAAUUUUCUCUCUAAUGAUAAUGUUUUCUGUAAAACACAACACAAAAAAAACAAUAAAAUUACAUAUUCGAAUUGUGAUAGAAAUUUUAAUCUGUGAAAUGUUCAGAAACCUAUUUUAAUUCUGAGCAAGAAAUACUACUAAUGGAAACAUGUCCAGGUCAAUGAUUCCGGCCUCUGGAGCCUGCAGGAGCCGGCCGGAAACGGUGUAUUUUCCGGCCUCUUCCCGCCGUUUCCGGUGUCUUUCCCGCUGGAAAUGACCGGAAAAACACCCGGAACAUGGAAGCAGUAUUCUGGUCGGAAAUUUCUCGUACCCGGAAACGCAGCGUUCCGAGAAUUUCCCGCUGACGGAAAUCCACGGGAAAAAAACAAUAGCCCGCAGGAACCGACCGGAAACCGCCAAGGAAUGAACCGUUUCCCACCCGAAAACUCUAAGGAUCCGCUCCCGCAUUCUUUGAAAGAUCUUUCGUGAUCUUUCAAAGAUCUUUCAAAGAUCUUUCAAAGAAUGUGGAAGCGGAUCCUUACAGUUUUCCGGUGGGAAACGGUUCGUUCCUUCGCGGUUUCCGGUCGGGUGUGGGUGUGGGUGUGGGUGUGGGUG